AUGCAUACACUUUCCGAAGCAUUUGUCUUGGCAACGGGUUGUGGACUUUGGCGGCCAGUGCAUUGGAAAUGGGGACCCGCCAAAGGCUUAUACAACAUUUAUACCUUUUUCAAUGUCGUAGUAAUGUCCCUUCUGAUUUUGUCAGAGUUAAUAGCCCUUGUACUUUUAACGGAAAACAUAGACGAUUUCGCCGAGGCCAGUUAUGUUUUCCUGGCUAGUUUUAACGGCUGCGUCAAAGGCGUAACCUUUCUAUGGAGGAGAAAGCGCAUCGAUGAAUUGGCUAAUGUAUUGGUGGAAAAAGAAUUCACUCCCAAAAACAUGGAAGAACGUCGACUCUGCUCGUAUUAUGAUAAAAUGUCGAGGUACGUAGUGAUAUCAUAUGCAACGCUCGUUGGAAUAUCUUCGGGUUCGACAGCCAUUUGGCCAAUUUUUUUCGCUCAAGAAAAGUACACGUUACAGUUGAAGGCUUGGUAUUUUUAUGACAUUACGAAUGAUCUCACUUAUUGGGCUACUUACGCUCAUCAGGGCUUGGGGAUCAUCAUCGGAGCUGCAUGGAAUACUACGAACGAUGUUAUCAUAUCUGGAUUUAUGAUGCAAAUUUGUGCCCAGUUGGGCCUUAUGAGUCAUAGAUUGCAAUCUUUACCAGAAAAGUCAAGAGCGGCAGUUGCGCAGAAAUUUUCCAGAAAUGAGGUUUGGCUUUUGGAAAAAGAAACUAUUAAGGAAAAUGUUCGUCAUCAUCUUCAGAUUAUCAAAUUUUCCAGAGAUCUACAAACAAUUUUCGCUCCUUGUAUAUUGGUCCAGUUUUGUUUGAGUAUUAUAAUACUAUGUAUAACAAUUUACGAACUGACGGUAAAAAGUGAGAAUUCAGCACCAGUCUCGUUUAUGUUGAUUUUUCUAACCAGCAUGUUUGUCGAAUUGUUUCUGUACUGUUGGUUCGGAAAUGAAGUUACGAUGAAGAGCAUGGAAUUUAGUAAAAUAGUUUGUAACUCUGACUGGACAUUGCUACAUACAGAUACUUUAAAAUCUUUACUGAUUAUGAUGGUCCGGACAACGUCACCAAUCCUUGUCACUUGUGGAGCUUUUAUAACGUUAUCACUGAAUGCAUCAUAA